AUGUCUCCAGAGUCCCCAGGUGGGAUUGUAAAGUCCCCGGGUCGAACCACUUCUCCAGAGCCCCCGGGCGGGAUUAUAAAGUCCCCGGGUCAAACCACGUCUCCAGAGUCCCCGGGUCGAACCACGUCUCCAGAGUCCCAGGGUGGGAUUGUAAAGUCCCCGGGUCGAACCACGUCUCCAGAGCCCCCGGGUGGGAUUCUAAAGUCCCCGGGUCGAACCACAUCUCCAGAGCCCCCGGGUGGGAUUCUAAAGUCCCCGGGUCGAGCAGAGUCUCCUGAGCCAGAGCCAGCGCCCGCAUCUCCUGAGCCAGAGCCAGCGCCCGAGUCUCCUGAGCCAGAGCCCGAGUCUCCUGAGCCAGAGCCCGAGUCUCCUGAGCCAGCACCUGAGUCUCCUGAGCCAGAGCCCAAGUCUCCUGAGCCAGCACCUGAGUCUCCUGAGCCAGCGCCCGAGUCUCCUGAGCCAGAGCCAGCGCCCGAGUCUCCGGAGCCAGCGCCCGAGUCCAAGUCGUCCACGUCUAAGGGGUCCAAGUCGCCCUCGUCAGUAUCCAAGUCUCCAGGGUCCAGGUCGUCUGGGUCUCAAUGAGGUCCACAGUCUCGCUUCAGUCGAGCUCCAGGGCCACAGCCUCGCUUCGGCCGACCUCCAGAGCUAAAGCAUCGCUUCGGCCGACCUCCAGGCCGACCUCCAGAGCUACAGCUUCGCUUCGGUCGAGCUUCAGUCCGACCUCCUGAGAACUUGUCUCCUGUCAGAUGCACCUUGGGGUCGUCUUAAGACUUUUUAUGUUUCCAUUUUUGUUUUUUCCCAGGACCUUCCUGUCGGUUUUUUGUUUCCCCAUCGUAGCCUUUUUUGUAUCCCAUGUCUUGUCUGCUCUGUAUUCUUUGCCCUCCAUCCUGUUUUGUUGUUUUUGGUACCCACUCUGCCCUCCAGUGUUUUUGUGUGGUCAUCGUCUGGAGACAAUCUUUGGGGGAGGGUAUUGUGAGGGUUUAGUGUUUUGUUUGUGUUUUCUGUUCUCUUGUGCUUYCCUCUAGUGUUAGUUUCAUGCCUUGUCAUCUCAGUCCUCAGAUUAUUCAGCCCUUCUAGAGCAUUCUGCUCACCUGUCUUCACUCCUAAUCAUCAAAGCUGUCUCCACUUAGCCUCUGACUACUUAUACUGGUUCUCAUGCUGUCCACCUUAGUCCAUUCUUGGUUCA